UUGGGGCCGCCGCGCAUGCGCGACUCUACCGGCGCGCCCUCACACGCGCUCCCCAGCUUGCCGCGGCGCCUGCGCAGUGGCUGUGAGUGGGCCCGGAGGUUGCGUCCUGCCCGGGUCUCCGCGGUCCCCCAGCGCUCGCCCGCGCGGUCCUGCCACGGCCUUCCCGCUGCCCGCACCAUGGGCAUCAGCAGCGACUCUGUGCGAGUUGAGUGGAUUGCAGCCGUGACGUUUGCUGCUGGGACAGCUGCCCUCGGUUACCUGGCUUACAAAAAGUUCUACGUCAAAGAUACUCGUUCCAAAGGUAUGGUGAACCUUCACGUCCAGAAAGACAACCCCAAGGUGGUGCACGCCUUCGACAUGGAGGACCUGGGAGAUAAGGCUGUGUACUGCCGCUGCUGGAGGUCCAAAAAGUUUCCGUUCUGUGAUGGGGCUCACAUAAAACAUAACGAAGAGACUGGAGACAACGUGGGACCUCUGAUCAUCAAGAAAAAAGAAACUUAAUGGACAGUUUCAAUGCUGCACCCCAGAGUGUUGUGAUGUCACCUGAUCAUUUAAUUAGAAUUAAUGAAUGAGACACUCACUCUGUCUGAUUGGCCUCCCUGGGUUCUAGAUGUGGUUGGUACCUCGCGAAUCGCAGCUUUCACAUUCAUGGCAUUAGCCUUGCUAUUGGAAUAUCGUGGUGGUGCACAUUUGUUGAAAGAAGAAGGAGAUAAAAAAAAAAGGCUAAACCAACCUCAUGAUAUAAGGGUUAUUUUGGUCUUGUAAGGAUCCGUUACUUUAAAAUAAUGGUCUUAGAAUAUAGUUGUAUCUUGAGGUUAACGUAUUAAAUUAUUCUCAAAAUCAUGUACAUUGUAAGUUUAAAGAAAAAUCACCUUUUCUUAGUUACCUCGGAAAUUAAUAGAGUGUGAUACAGUUGCGUUGAUCCCUUACAGCAUAGGAGAAACCUGCCAUGACCUUGACUGUCUUGUGGCCGAGGUGAUGACAUGAAUUCAGCUUGUGUGUUCUAAUGUUUUAGUCAGAAUUAACCGAAUGUUCUUCUCCAUAAAGUCGCCCAGGUCAACAAUAAAGGGGCAACAACUUCCUUGUGUUCA